AUGCCUGGGAAGCUCUCGCCGGCGUUUUUUUCGGCGCGCACGCUUCGCACAGCGCGCCCGGUGCGCCGCGCACCGUCGAAUCCCCAGUACAUCUUGUACGGCCUCUUUGGCGUGAACGCGGGCGUGUACGCUUUGUGGUGGUACGCGCGCGACGAGGCGGUGCGCAACGGCGAUAACCGCAUGUACCGCUUCAUGAUGAGCAACUUUACGAGCGGCGAGCCGAACCUGCGCGCGGGGCGCUGGUGGACGCUCCUCACGGCGAGCUUUAGCCACCAAGAAUUCGCGCACUUUGGCUUCAACAUGCUCACCUUUGCGUUCACCGCACCUGCGCUGCUCCCAGUGAUUGGCGCGCCGCAGAUGCUCACGCUGUACAUCGGCUCGGGUCUCGCGGCGUCGCUCGCGAGCCUUGCGUGGCCGUACGUCGUCGAUCCGCUGCUGCACGGCGACCGCUUCUCGCUGGCACGCAAGCGGUACAGCCUGACGCAGGGUGCGAGUGGCUCGGUGUAUGCGAUGUUGGCUGCGUAUGCGACGAUGCGGCCGGCAGCGACCUUCUAUCUCUACUUUGCGCUGCCGAUUCCGGCAUGGGUGUGCCCACAUUGA